CCAAGAAUUACCAACCGUCUGUCAAGCACUUCCUGAUAGGGCAUUGACUUUCUGAGUUUCCUGCAUUUCCAUAUCCGAUCAGUUUCUUUAAAAUUAUCGUUAAUGGCUUCUUCAUCUUCUUUUCCACCAGCAAGAGGAUGGACAUACGAUGUGUUUUUGAGCUUCAGAGGCGAAGACACUCGAUACAACUUUGUUGAUCAUCUAUAUGAUGCUCUGAAAAGAAAUGGAAUAAUUGUGUUCAAAGACGACAAGGAACUUCCUUUAGGGGAACCAAUAUCUCCAGAGUUAAAGAAAGCCAUUCGAGAAUCGAUGUACGCAGUUGUGGUUUUCUCAGAAAAGUUUGCCGAGUCUUCAUGGUGUUUGGAUGAAGUUGCUGAAAUCAUGGAACGUCGUCAAGGGAUAGGACUAAAGGUGUUGUCUGUGUUUUACUACAUUGAGCCAUCGGAUGUGCGAAGACAGAAAGGUGUCUUUGCUACGGAUUUCCAGAAACAUGAGCAAAAGUAUAAGGAUGAGACAUAUAAAGUCAAUAAUUGGAGGAAAGCUUUAUUUGAAGCUGCCAAUUUAUCUUCACUGCCUAUCUCAAAAAUCGUCAAAGAGAGUGAAUCUGCAAUUAUCAACAAGAUUGUUAAAAAGAUUUUUGGAGAUGUACGAAGUUGUGGUAUAGAGAAGGAUCUGCAUCUGAUUGGUAUUGAAUCACGUAUCAACGAAUUAGAUUCAAAGUUAGCUAGAGAAGCUACAAAAGAUGUGAGAAUUGUAGGGGUUUGGGGAAUGGGAGGAAUCGGUAAGACAACUAUUGCUGAAGCUUUGUUUAGAAGAAUUUCAUAUAAGUUUGAAGGCAGUAGCUUUACCAAUGUUUCUAAAUAUGCAAAAGAUAUAUGUGCUUUACAAGAAAGGAUUAUCGGAGAUAUUCUAGUGGCGUCUCAAGGUUCCAGAAUCCAUGAUCCAAAGCAUGGAGCCAAUAUGAUACAAACAAGACUUUGCAAUAAAAGGGUCCUUAUUGUUCUUGACAAUGUGGUUGAUUUUAAGCACUUACAGUUCAUAGCUGAAAACCGCGCGUGGUUUGGUCCAGGAAGCAGAAUAAUCAUAACCACUAGAGACAAGCGUGCGUUAAAGAAUGCAAAUGCAGAUGACAUGUACGAACCUACUAUUUUAAAUGAGAAUGAAGCUAUUGAGCUCUUCAGUAGGUAUGCUUUUCCAGAAGAUGGCCCACUAGAGAAUUACAAGGAGCUGUUAAAUCGUGCAAUACGUUGCUCUGGCUAUCUUCCUUUAGCCCUGGAACUUUUAGGACGUUCUUUCUAUGGCAUAGAUCCAGAUAUGUGGGAAGUUUAUUUAUAUAAACUAGAAAACACACGAAAUACAACGAUUUAUGAGACACUGAAGUUAAGCUAUGAUGGCUUAGAUACAUUUGAGAAAAAAAUAUUUCUAGACAUAGCAUGUUUCUUUCAGGGCCAAGAUGAGGAGUGUGUGACUAGGGUACUUGAUAGCUUCGGUUUCCAUGCGAAGAUAGGGAUCCAUAUUCUUAUAAAUAAAGCUCUUAUAACGGUAUCAAAUAAAAAGAUAGAAAUGCAUGAUCUAAUACAAGAAAUGGGUUGGGAAAUAGCCUCUAAUGAAAACCAAAAUGGCAGGCUCUGGAAACUCGAAGAAGUCCAUGAUUUCGUCAAUAAUAACACGAAACUAGAAAAACUUGAAGCAAUUGUGGUGCCAAACAAGCAAAACAAUGUUCAGCAGCAGCUGGGUUUUAGAUCUGAUGUUUUUCAAAGCAUGAAGUAUGUCCGGCUACUUAAUGUUUACCGGAAGUUCACUUCUUGUGAACCUACUAUUUUACCUGAUGAGUUAAAAUGGCUCUGUUGGAAUCAAUACCCAUUUUCUUCUCUGCCAUUAGAAAACAGUCGUAAGCUAGUUGGGCUUGAAAUGCAUGGUGGCAAUAUUGAACACUUAUGGAUGGGACUAAAGAAUAUGCGGGACUUGAAAUUUAUUCACCUUAAGAAGUUGGAGUGCCUGAAAAGGUUUCCAGAUGUCUCUGGUGCCCCAUUCAUUGAGAGGUUGGUUGUGUCAUCUUGUAGCAAUUUGGUGGAGGUUCAUAAGUCUCUUGGAUCACACAAAAAGCUUAAAUAUGUGGACAUGAGUAAUUGCUGGAAGCUCAAGUGUUUCUCAUCAAUGAUUGGGAUGGAAUCGUUGGAGACUUUAAUUCUUUCUGGGUGCUCCAAUCUUGAACGAUUCCCAGAAGUCAAGUCAGGUAUGGGAAAACUAUCAAACAUCCAACUGGAUGGUUGUUCUCGAAUUGGUGAAUUGCCAUCCUCGAUUAGUCUUUUGUCUGGACUAAGCUUGUUGAAUCUUGCAAGAUGCAAGAGUCUUAAGAACAUUCCAAACUCUAUAUGUAAAUUAAAGUGUCUCAAACGCCUUCAUCUUCAAGACUGCGUGGAACUCAUAACAUUGCCAGAGGAGUUCGGAAACAUAGAAAAGUUACAAGAGCUUCAGCUUGGAUUUACAGAUUCCUACAGGGAUUUACAAAGGCUACCACAAUCCAUUAAUUUGUAUUCUUUGAAAAAUUUCUGCUCCUUGAGAAAGUUAGAUCUGAGUUGGAGACACACCGAAGACAAAGACUUCCCUAAGGAUCUACAUGCAUUUUCCUCGUUGGAAAAAUUAAAUCUAAGUGGCAACUCCGAAUUAACUGAGUUACCAACAAGCAUCUAUCAUUUGUCUCGUCUUAAACACCUUGAGUUGAAUGAAUGCUACCGACUUAAAAGUUUGAAGUCAUUGCCAUCAGGAAUUCAAGUAUUGAGGGCAAGUGGUUGCAGAUCACUUGAAUGGAUUGAAGAUUUCCCCAAAGAGUAUGAGUGGUUGUAUAAGAUAUGGCUCGUUGGUUGCUGGAAUCUUCCAGACCAAGAAGAUGAGACAAACCCCUCCAAGAUGUUGCUGUUAUCUCUCCUUAAGAAAUGUGCUUCUGUUAAUCAUAGGUUAAGCAUUGCUAUUCCUGGUAGCAAGAUUCCAACCUGGUUUAGUGCAGAACAACAUGGGUGCUGUAUAACAUUGGAGCUGCAACCCGGAUCACAUUCUAAUAUUAUGGGGUUUGCGGUAAGUGGAGUCUUUAGCAGGAUGUGGAACAUUAAAGAUGAUUAUCCAGUGAUCAAGUUCACAUUUGUAAAUGGGGGGAAAUUCUUCCCUAUGACAGAGUUUGAAAAUAAUAAUAAUGAUGUGUCUGCAUUAGAGAUCAACACUGUCUGGAUUGGCUAUAUACCAUUUUGUUCCCUUCAGAAAUUGGGUGAUAAUUUGCAAGGUAGUACUUUUGCAGUCAGUAUAAGGUUACAAACAGGUCAACUGCCUGUAAAAUGUGGAGGGCAUAUAGUGUACAAAGAAGAUGUGGAAUCAAUCCAACCAGUUAAAACGUAUAUCUCUGAUUACUGCAACUCUGAGUGUGUUACUCGCAGAGAAAAUACCUUCAUUUAUAAAGAUGAUUUUUCUUGUAGUGAAGACCCAGUAGUCAUUACCAGCAUUCAGGAUCAGGAAUUGAUCCGAGAAAAUGGCAAUGGAUCCAGUAGCAGCCAUGGAAGAGCAAGCCUGUCAUAUGACAUGGGCAAGUAUUUGGAGUUGGAGAGGAGUGAAAAGUUUUUAUUUGAUAGUUGGAGGGAAAGAAAAAUAAUUACAUCUGGUGGCCUUUUGCUUUGUGAUGUAGUUUGCCCACUGAAAUCUUAUUUACAUUUGUAGCACCAGGUUGUGUCUUCCAUCAAUCUAUUUUAUUUAUUAUAAUCUGCCUUCGUUUCUUUGUAGCUUUUGUUUUAACGUCUUGUAUCCAUUCAUGUUGAAUGAAACUCAGUUACCUAUAGUA